CGCUCCGUGCAUAAGAAUGCUGGCAAGCCGCUGAAUUUCUCAAACGUUCACGACGCUCGCUCGCAUCCCACUCAGUCGCUGGCCGGUGUCGUCCUAAACGCUCGCUACAAUGUACCAGGCCGAGUCGCGCCCCUCGUCUUUCUACCAGGCGGACCCGCAGUCCCGCACGCCCUCCAUCAGCUCGCGCGACCUCAUCAACGGCGAGUACCCUCUACAUUCCUCACCCGACGGGCGCAAGCCGCGCUCGCGCAGCCGGCCACCUCGUUUGUCGCAGGCGCAGUUCGACCAGGGCGACCCCGACGCGCCGGACGCCGCAUACGCCCCCGACGGCGACGACUUCUACCAGAGCACGCAGCAGGGCUCGCCCUACCCGCCGCCGCCGCGCUCGCUCGCCGGCCAGUCCGCGCGCGGCGCCUCGCCGACGCCGAUCCUCGACCACUCGCACCUGCAGCCGGGGAGCAAGGCCGCGCUGCUCUCGCACGAGCGCACGCUCGAGCUCUACCGCGCGAACGCGAAGAAGACGCAGGACCCGGACCUGCAGUUCGAGUUCGCGGUGUUCAUGAUCGACGCGAGCAAGACGCUGCCCGUGCCCGAGCCGACGCCGGGGAACGUGAUGGAGGUCGAGAAGGCGCUCGCGAAGCGCGAGGACCUGAUCAAGGAGGCGACGGCGCUGCUCAAGCGCCUCGCGGACCGCGGGCACCCUGCGUCGCAGUAUUUCCUCGCGGAUUGCUAUGCGAACGGGAUCGGCACGGCGAAGGGGAAGCAGGACUUUGACCGCGCGUUCCCGCUGUUCGUGCUCGCGGCCAAGCACGGGCACCCGGAUGCGGCGUACAGGGCGGGGACGUGCUGCGAGAAUGGCUGGGGGUGCAGGCGAGAGUCCGCGAAGGCGCUGCAGUUCUACCGGAAAGCCGCGGCCGCGUCGCAUCCAGGCGCGAUGUACCGGCUAGGUAUCGCGGAGCUGAAUGGGGAACUGGGCAUGUCGAAGAGGCCGAGGGAGGGAGUCAAGUGGCUAAAGCGGUCCGCGGAGCAUGCGACAGCUGAGUUCCCCCAUGCUCUUCACGAGCUGGCACUGCUGCACGAGCGGGGGGUCGAGAACGUCGUGUUCGUGGACUACGAGUACGCCGCGGAACUGUUGGCACAGGCAGCCGAGCUGGGGUAUUCCCCGAGCGCGUAUCGGUUAGGCGAGUGCUAUGAGUACGGAAAGAUGGGGUGUCCGCAGGACCCUGCAUUAUCAAUACACUACUACAAUAUCGCCGCCCAGCAAAACCAUCGCGAUGCCUGCUUUGCAUUAACGGCAUGGUACCUGGUGGGCUCUCCAGGCGUGCUGCCCCAGUCGGAUACAGAAGCCUUCUUGUGGGCGAAGAAAGCGGCAGAGGGCGGUCUGGCAAAGGCGAUGUACGCCGUCGGCUACUUUCUGGAAGUAGGCAUCGGGACGCCGCCUGAUCUUCAGGAAGCCACGAUGUGGUACAAGAAGGCGGCGGAGCUCGGCGACCGACGCGCGAUCCAGCGGCUACGGGGCGACCCCAAUACGCCCUUGCAGCACGCCGGGGGACCGGGCGCGGUCCUGCACCGAGACCGCGACGGCGACUCGAGCAGCAACUCGAAAGGCGGGAAGGACAAGGACUGCGUAAUUAUGUGAGGGGCGUCUGGUGGCCAGGUGAUAGUAGAGUACCCGUUUCACGCGUUUAUUCUGGUUUAAAGUUCGAGGCAAGGACUGUUCGCGCUGUUUACUACCCCCCACCUUUUUUUAUGACACCCAUUGGAGACUGCUCAUGAGAUGAUUGUGCUCUCUUUGUAACCCCAUAGCGAAGCUUACGGACACCAAUCUAUUAAUCGCGGCUACAUUGUACUUACUAUAUUAGAAAGUAAGAAAGUAGUGAAAUUCCCGCUACCGUAGGUAGUGGGUCUUG